AUGACUCCUAUCAACCUACCAGAAUUCGUCAGCGUCUCAAAACUGGCACAGCUGACGAACGUCACAUAUCAAGAAAUGGCUGAGAAGAUGGGAGAACUUGGGUUCGAAAACACAUCGCACGAUCACAUUCUUGGUGCUGAAGAGGCAGGUUUGAUUGCUAUGGAGUACAACUUUGACCCUACUCUCGGUGCUCAGGAAGAGGCUGAGGCUGAGGAGCGUGACUUGAAGGCAUUGCCAGAGCCUGCACCCGAGGACAAAGAAUUCCUGCCUGUCAGACCUCCUGUCGUUGCAAUUAUGGGACACGUUGACCACGGAAAGACUACCAUUCUUGAUUACCUUCGCAAGUCAUCGAUCGCAGCUUCUGAGCACGGAGGUAUCACGCAACACAUUGGUGCCUUCAGUGUUGGUUUGUCGAGCGGCAAGACCAUCACCUUCCUCGAUACACCUGGACAUGCAGCUUUCCUUGAGAUGCGCAAGCGUGGUGCCACUGUGACCGACAUUAUCAUUUUGGUUGUCGCAGCUGACGAUUCUGUCAAGCCGCAAACCAUUGAAGCCAUCAAGCACGCUCAAUCUGCUCAUGUACCUAUCAUCGUUGCCGUCAACAAGAUCGACAAGGAAGAAGCCAACGUCGAGCGUGUCAAGCAAGACCUGGCUCGCCAUGGUGUUGAAAUCGAAGACUUCGGUGGUGAGACCCAAGUCGUGCCUGUCAGUGGCAAGACUGGUCAAGGCAUUGAUGAGCUCGAAGAUGCAGCAGUCACUCUUUCUGAGAUCCUGGACCACCGUGCUGCUACCGAGGGUCAAGUCGAGGGUUGGGUCAUCGAAGCCACUACCAAGCCCGGUGGCCGUGUAGCUACUGUGCUUGUCCGCCGCGGUACACUGAAGCCUGGUACCAUCAUCGUGGCAGGCAAGACCUGGGCUCGUGUCCGCAGUCUCCGCAAUGAGGCAGGAGUAAGCCAGAUGUCUGCUGGUCCUGGUACACCCAUCGAAGUCGACGGUUGGCGCGACCAACCCGACGCAGGCGACGAAGUCAUCCAAGCACCUAACGAACAGAAGGCUGCCGAUGUAGUCGCUUUCCGCGACGAAAAGGCUGAACGCAUCCGCAUGGCUGAAGACAUGGAAAAGAUCAAUGCCCAACGCCGCGAACAGCAAAUUCAACGUGACUUGACCAAGGAAGCUGCGGCUGCCGAAAAGGCCGCUGAGAAAGCAGCCAGAGCAGCAGGUACCGAUACUCCUGGUCAUCAAACUGUGCCGUUCAUCAUCAAGGCCGAUGUCAGUGGUAGCGCCGAGGCUGUCUCUGCUUACCUGCUCCAAAUGACCAAUCCUCUGUGCUUGCCAAAACUGCUUCGCGCUUCCGUCGGCCCAGUCUCCGAGUUUGACAUUGAGCACGCCGAUGCAGCAGGAGGUCACAUCAUCUCCUUCAAUCUACCUCACGACCCUGAAAGCGCUGGCCGUGCUGAACGCAAGGGCAUCAAGAUCCUCGAGCAAAACGUCAUUUACCGCAUCGUCGACGAUGUGCGCGCAGUACUCGAAGAAAAACUGCCACCGCAGAAGAUCCAAAAAGUUACUGGUGAAGCUGAAGUUGUCAUGAGUUUCGAGAUUGGCAUCGGUGGACGCAAGAAGAUGAAGAUUGCAGGGUUGAAGGUCAGAAACGGUGUUGUGAGCAGAGGGUCACGGGUCAGAGUUACCAGAGGUGAGGAGAGGGUAUAUGAUGGUACCGUGACCAGUCUUAAGAAUGUCAAGAAGGAUGUUCAAGAAAUGCGCAGAGGCACCGAGUGUGGUAUGGGCUUCGAGGGCUGGGAAGGCUUUGAAGUUGGCGACAUGAUCCAGACCUUCGAGGAGAAGACCCAGAAGCGUACUUUGCCCAUUUGA